AUGCCGCCCAAGAUAGCCUCCCGCUCAUCUGAAGAGGCUCUCGAGGGGUACGAUUUCGUCAAGAUGAGGCUGGCCGAUCUUCAACAGUACAGCAGACGGCUGACCCUUGGAGCUAUCCCUGCCCUACCUACCCUCCCUACCCUCCCUACAAUCUCUGCAAUCUCUACCAUCCCUACCACCGUGGUCGAUAGUCAGGAGUAA